AAAGUAAUUGCGAAGCAUUUCAUACUUCCUCAUACAAAUACGACAAUUUUUUUCCAAUUUCUAAAAAUAACGGAGGAGAAAUAACGUUGGUAUUUUAUGUAAAAUGCAAUCGAGACGCUUUCAUAUUGCUUUCGCCACUGCCAUACUUGCCAACAUCAAAGGAACAAGAAAAGGUGUACGAGAUAGUUUUGGGUGGUCACAGUAAUACGUAUUCAACAAUCCGAAAGAUCCGAGAAGAAGGAAACCUCCACAAAAUUUUUGAGACUAAUAUUGUUUCACCGGAUGAAUGGCGUGAAUUUUGGAUCCGUGUAUCUUCAGAUGGAAUCAUUCAAGUAGGAAAGGGUAAAGAAAAUAACGCUUUCUUGUAUUGGAAAAAUCCGGAUCCGUAUCCAAUCAACUAUUACAGCUUUUCCAGUUAUGGUAGUGCCGAAGCAAAUUGGUUCCAUCAAUGCGCCGAUCAAACUGGAAAAAAUCCAUGUAUUCCUUCGCCAUGCGGACCAAACAGCGAAUGUCGCGUAGAACAUCAUCGCUCAGUAUGUUCUUGCCAGAACAACUACUUUGGUUCGCCUCCGACGACGAUGUGCAAGCCCGAAUGCAAUUCAGACUCUGAAUGCCCGCAGAACAAAUCCUGCCGAGAGUUAAAAUGUCAGAAUGUAUGUGUAGGAAAAUGUAUUUAUAAUGCACAGUGUCAAAUGAUUAAUCACGAGCCGAUAUGCAGUUGUUUACCUGGAUUUACAGGAAAUCCAUUCGAGUACUGCACAAAAGAAGAAGACGAUUCUAUCAAGAAGCUACUGGUCCCCGUGUCCAUAAUAAUGUUAUUAUUCUUAAUAAUAAUAAUUGGCACUGUUUUUUUCUGCAAAUACAAGAGGCAAAUGGAAAAAAGAACGCGAGAAAUGGCGAACAUGACACAACUGGUGAAAAAGAUCGUUGUUCAAAAACAAAUUGACAUCGAUGAAGAUUUAAAGGAUAUUAUGAACAUGCCGGUCGUUUCGAUUCAACGUUUAAUGAGUGGUGAAGUUAGAAGUGGGAUGGUAUCGGAUGGAGAAUAUGAAAUGUCAUUAGAUGAACGUUGGGAAUAUCCUCGAAAGAACUUGCGCACAAUAAAAACUUUGGGGGAAGGAGAAUUUGGACAGGUUGUUCAAGCCGAAGCGAGCAAUAUUUCAGGACAGGGAAACGGAACUACAAUUGUAGCAGUGAAAAUGCUCAAAGACAAUCAUACUGACUCAGACAUGAUAGAUUUAGUAUCUGAAAUGGAGGUACUAAAAGUUCUAGGAAACCACCCAAACAUCCUACAGCUGCUUGGCUGCUGCAGCCAAGGGGGACCCCUGCUUUUAAUUACAGAGUACGCUGAUAACGGAAACUUGAAACAGUUUCUUCAAAGACACCAUCAAUCCACCGAAUUGUCAGAAAUUAAUCUUUUAGCUUAUGCUCAACAAAUUGCAAAUGGGAUGGCUCACCUAGCUUCUAUGAAGUGCAUUCACAGAGAUUUGGCUGCUCGAAACAUUCUCGUAACAGCAGACUACAUGAUGAAAAUAGCGGAUUUUGGCCUAACCAGAAAUGUAAAAAAUUCGGAGUACUACAAGAAAACAACAGAAGGCAGACUACCUGUAAAAUGGAUGGCACCUGAAACUUUAUUUGACAACAAAUACUCCAUAAAAUCUGACGUGUGGUCAUAUGGUGUACUAUUAUGGGAAAUUAUGACUCAUGGGGACAAUCCAUACCCUUCUGUUAAAACCCUCCUUGGAAUGCUUCGCGUUUUGAACGAGAAUCGUCGACUGGAAAAGCCCCCAAACGCGUCUACAGAUGUGUACAAUUUAAUGUUGGAUUGUUGGAAAUAUGAACCUGGGCAACGUCCAAAUUUCUUGACUAUUGUUGAACGCAUAACAGAAUUAUUAACAAAUGCUGAGGUAGUCAACGAGUCGUCUGAUGAAUCUGAUUUACAAAGCACAAUUUCUACAACAACCCCUACUGUAUUGGACAAAUUGAUUACAAACUGCUCACAUAAAGAGAACGAAUAUCUUUUAAGUUUAUGAAGUCAUUGUUAGAAUAAUACCCAUGUACGCGUAUGUAGAUUAAAUGUUAAGUUUUAGAAUGGUAUUAAAAUUAAAGACAUUUAGGCAUUCUUUCAUUAUUCCUCGUACGAAUUAAUGUUGCAUGGGAAAUCGAAGGGGCUGAAUGUUGAGAGAAGGAACUCAGAUAUAGGAUAGUUUGUUUAA